UGUCAGCCUUCAGCACUUCUCCUACAUUUAGUUUUAAGGCUUUUACCAGUGCAGAGAAAACACAAGUGGCCCGGCUUUCAGACUGCACAGAGGAGCAGCGAGCCGGCUGAGUCUCCACGGCUCUCAUGGUGUGUUUAAGUGCAGCCUCCUGCUCCGGGCUCUUCAACAGUCAGACUCUCGUGUUAUCGUGAGGACAACAAGUUGAGCAGAAAAUGUCAGAAGUAGCUCCAGCCGCCGCUCCGGCCAAAGCAGCCAAGAAGAAGGUUUCCAAGCCGAAGGCGGCCGGCCACAGCGUCCGCGAGCUCAUCGUUCAAACUGUGGCCGCAUCCAAGGAGAGGAGCGGCGUGUCUGCGGCCGCCGUCAAGAAGGCUCUGGCUGCCGGAGGCUACGAUGUGGACAAGAACAAGUCCCGCGUCAAGACCGCCAUCAAGAGCCUGGUCGAGAAGGGGACUCUGGUCCAGAUCAAGGGGACCGGGGCUUCCGGCUCCUUCAAGAUGAACAAGAAUGCUGCCGACACUAAGGCUACGAAGCCGGUCAAGAAAGCCGCUCCUGCAGCCAAGAAGCCCGCAGCCAAGAAACCUGUAGCGGUCAAAAAGCCCGCGGCAGCAGCAAAGAAGUCUCCGAAGAAGGCGAAGAAACCCGUAGCGGCCAAGAAAGUAGCCAAGAGCCCCAAGAAGGCCGUCAAGAGCCCGAAGAAGGUCGUCAAGAAGGUUACAAAGAGCCCCAAGAAGGUGGUGAAAAAGGCUCCUGUAGCCAAGAAAGCCCCAGCGAAGAAGGUCGUCAAACCCAAAGCAAAGAAAGCAGCACCCAAGAAGAAGUGAGCUGUCAUCAGUCUGAACUACAGCUCCCACUAAAGGCUCUUUUAAGAGCCACCACAUCAUCCUGAAAGAGCCUUUUCCUCUUUAUUCUUACCGUCAUUACAUUAGGAUUUAUUUAUGUUAGCAGCUAAAGGAAAAGUACACAACCAUUAUUCAUUAGCCUUCAAGUUACUUACUACGAUUAUAUAUUAGGAUCAGAUUGAUCACUAAAAUAAUGGUUAUAACAGUUUCCCUGUUUAUUUCUCAUGCAGAUUACUAUUUAAUUCACUUUUCUAUAUUUAUAUGAAUAUAUAGUAAUUUGUUAUCUACUCUAUACUAAUAUAUUUGAUUGACUGUUUCAAAUAACGGAGUUAUCUACACACUACAUAACUAUAUAAACUAGUUUACUGUAGUUGAUUAUAAUUAAGCCUAAAACUGUUUUGUGCUGCUAAUAAAAACAGUAACAUCAGUAGCAAUAGUAAACUCUAGCUUGACGGUGGUUUCAGUGUAUUUCUACACUUUCAACAGGCCUGAUAUAAAAAAUCCAUAUGUUGUCUGGUAGCGUUUUUUGAUCCAUAUUAGUGAUUUCUACUGUAAAUAUAAACACACAGUUGACCAGAGAGCUACAAAGUCAUUUCCAUGUCAUAUAAAUGUGCUCUGUUGUAGCUGUAUGGUUGCUGUAAUUUAAGAUUGAAUUCUUGAAAGCUUUUAAUGUUACAUAAAUGUCUUUUA